CUUAUAAGACUUUUUAUUUUUUUCAGAUGGGCAACUUCAGCAUAGUGUCCAAGCCUAGCUUUGAACUCUAGACCUUCCUAACUCAACUUCCAGAGUAGGUGGAAUGAAGGAUGAAUAGUACAGGUUCAGGUAAACAUAUUAUUUUUUUAAAAUAAGUCACCUCUUGAUUGAGUACCCUUAGUUCUACAAAACCAGUGUAGGGGGUAAGGAAGGAUGAGAAAUAAGGGGGAGGGCAGGGCAGUUAACAUGGCUCAAUGGGUAAAGGGCUUGCUAUCAAGCCUAUGAUACGGGUUUCACUCUCAGAACCUGUAGCUUGGAAAAAACUGAUUCCCGCAAUGUCUUCUGACCUCCACAGCACACGUAGGACACACAGUAAGUAAAAACGUGAUUUAAAAAAUAAUAAAGGGAGAGCGGAGGAGCCCAGGUUAAGAAAUUCAAGAGGUGAGGCUGGAGCGAUGGCCAGAGGCUCUGCGUUCAAGUCCCUGAACCCAAAAUCUGGCAGCUCACAAGCACCUGUAACAUCAGCUCAAAGGGCUCUGGCUCCCUCUUCUGGCCUCCGUGGACACUGCCCACACAUGGCGCAUGCAUUCGUCCAACAUCUCUACAUAAAAACAAAUCAGUUGGGAUGCAGUGGGCAGAGACAGGAAGAUCUCGAAACCAACAACGCCUUGGCAAAGGUGCCAUCUGCUCGAUUUUCGAGCACCACAGUGGCAAGCCUAAGCUUCCGGGCUGGGCCGUCACCUCCAUAUACCUUUCCGUGCCUUAAAUCUUAUCCUCCAUUAAAUGGGUAAAGUUCCGACUUCCAGGCUCCGAGCGGCCUCCGAGGCAGUUGCGCGGAGCGCGCGCACCCAGGGCGGGGCUACGCCAGGCGGGAACGAAGGCCCCGCCCCGUCCCGCGCCCGGCUGAUUUAAGACCGGUUGUGUCUACGCUGGCGGGAGCGCCCAUCCCGGGCAGGCCUGGGCCUCAGGGCUCUGGCAGCGAGGUGUGCAGGUUAGCGCUCGAUGACCCGGAGCUCGCGGCCACGCCGCGCUCGCCCUUAGGACUUCUUGGCGGCUCAGACGGUAGGACGGCGCCGGAGAGCGCGUUCUGCAUCUUGAUCAUCUCCGGCCUUGGAAGGGUCACCUCUUGUGAAAACAGUCGGCACGAUCAAUCUGCGUCCAGUGCAGCGUGCAGGGACGGCUGGAGGGCUCAAGCACGCCUGCGUCAGAGCUCGGCGCUCCUGCGCGUGUGGCCCCCGCUGCCUGCGCAGGGUGGGGGUGCAGCCAGAGGUCACGUCCUGUGGUCGCAGAAGGCGGGCGGCUCUGCUGAGGACCCCAGGGCGGUUGAAACCCUCGUGGCUGGGUGCCUAACUGGCCCGCAAAACUUUAUUUAUAAUACCAAAAGACCCAGAUGGCGUCCGGAGAUUUCUGCUCGCCUGGAGAAGGGGUGGAAAUACUGCAGCAAGUGUGUGACAAGCAGUUUCCUCCGUGUGCCCUGACGGAGGAGGACCUCAUACAGAAUCCGUAUUUCAGCAAGUUGUUGCUCAGUCUUUCCCAGCACGUGGACGAGAGUGGCUUAAGCCUCCCGCUGGCCAAGGAGCAGGCUCAGGCGUGGAGUGAAGUUCGACUUCGUAAGACAGCAUGGCUGAGGUACGAGAUCUUACAGAGAGUUAUCCAAGAGCUGCUGGUGGACUACUAUGUGAAGGCCCAAGAUACAAACCUAACCUCCGAAGACAAAAAGUUUCAUGAGACCCUUGAACAGCGACUGCUUGUAACUGAGCUGACACAACUUUCCGGUCCUGGGCGGGAGAAGGAGAUGCCCCCACUGCUAGGGCUGGAGAAGGCCGAUCUCCUGGAGCUCAUGCCUCCCUCACAGGAUUUCGUGUGGAUGAAGGCUCGGCUCCAGCAGGAGGUGGAGGAGCAGCUCAAGAGGAAAUGCUUCUCUCUGCUGUGCUACCAUGACCCCAGUUCAGAUACUGAUGGAGACAAGCUGAAAGCAGCAAAGGUCUGGACGCUGACCGAGGUCCUAGUCAGGGAGAAGCAGCAGUGCAUGGAGGCCAAGGGCCAGCAGAAGGAGCAGCUGGUGCUGCUGGAGAAGAAGAGGACCACGUACUCCCAGGUGCUUCUCCGCUGCCUCAGUUUACUGCAGAGGCUUCUUCAGGAGCACCGGCUGAAGACUCAGUCGGAGCUGGACCGCAUCAACACCCAGUACCUGGAGAUCAAGUGCAGUGCUAUGAUCCUCAAGAUGAGGAUGGAGGAACUGAAGAUUUUGUCUGACACUUACAGUGCCGAGAAAGUGGAAGUACAUCGCCUCAUUAGGGACCACUUGGAGGGAGCCAUUCGCCUCCAAGAGCAGGACAUGGAGAAAUCGAGACUGGCCCUGCACACCUAUGAGGUCCUGGGAGAAGACUUUGAGAACCUGGUGAAGGAGUACACCCAGCUCAAACUGGCAGCUGAGAACAAGCGCUGGGCCCUCCAGGAGUUUAGCAAGGCCUACCGCUGAGUUGAAUGUAGGCAGAACCAGGAAGCAUGGAUUCUUCAUGGCCACCUUCUCUUCCUGCUCAGUGGACCACCUCCACCACAGGGGAAUAUGGGGACACUUGCUUAAAACACUGCAGUCUUCACGACACCCUUCUGGUUUCUUUCUUGUUUACAGUGACUGGGUCUCUUCUGGAAAUGUAGCUAUCAGAUUUAUAAAAUUCUGUGCAUAUCUGUUUUGCCUCAGUCCUGUGUAAUAAUUUCCUGAAUAAAGUUGUAGUAUUAUGCCUUA